AUAAAGGCUAAAGAAAAAGAUAAAAAAGGGCUACGACCGAUUGCAUCUUGAAAGUGUUGGACGGAGCAAGGGAUAACACAUGCACAUCCAAAGUGUGUCGGUUUGAUAAACAUAGAGAGGUCGCGAGUGAUGCAGAAGCGGCAAGGCUGCUGCUGUCGUAACGUCAGUGUUUGUUUGGAAACAACAGCGUGUGUGUAGGAGGUUAGGUUGUUUUGUAUUCAGUCUGUCGCAGAGUUAGGUCCAGUAGAAACGUUCGUGCGUGGAAACGGGAGCAUGGAGCUGACGUGAAUGACUGCAUUGCAAGCCGAAUGCUGUGAGAGAUAUCCCUUCUGCCUCCGUCCAGAUUCAUAACUACUCGACAGUCUUUCCGAGCAGGUUGUUUGAGGGACCGAAGACUGAUCCAGCUGUAACAUGGUUGGUGACUUGUGGUGGCAGGUGCCACCGUAGAUGUUCCAGAAGCCGUUACAUCCAAUUUUAUUACUAUCUUCAUCAUAUAAAAUAGCAAAAAGAGGCUUUCUAUCGCCCCUUGUGCAAUAUUGGAGCUUGGCAACGUCCGUUGUUACAUCGGGUUAAAUUUGGCACUGCCGUUUUCGCUAGCAGUAUCACAGAAGCGAAGGAAGUUGACCUAGCAAGCAAGACAGAGACGGAAGGAAAGUGAGUAAUUUCAAAUACCACGAAUAGAUCUUGUCUGUACAGCUAACAGAUCUGAUGGCAGAGCCAGAGUCUUGUCUUUAGCUGUUGAGUCUGUGAUGGAAAACUGUUUGGAAGUUCUUUAUUUGACCUUGGCAGUCGAAUAAUAAUAUGGUGCGUCUGAAUCCAAAAUGAUGGUGUAGAAGGAAUAAGAAUAAAAAAAGAAACCUUGCAACUCGAUGCACCAGAACAUGUUUUUUUUUUUACCAGAACAUGUGUAUGGGUUUUUAGUGUGUGAGUGAUUGUGUUCGUAGUAAGAGCGUGUCUAAACUGAACUGUGUGUGUGAUAAAACGUCUCUUCUAAUUCAUGGGGUCGUGGAAAGAAACAUUUGCUAAGAAGAUAAAAUGAAGUUUCGUGUUUAACUGACCAAGCUGCAUGUUGUAUAGUAACAGCGGCAUAUCAAACCUGCUUCAAGACAAGGGCGUAAUUUGUAUCUGACACACAAGUCAUGUGUCUCGCAAGACAUAAAUAGUGGACAGUCUAUAUCACUUGAAUUUUACAUCGAAUGCAUUUCACAAGCACAGGCCUAUCUGUUAUAUACAACAUACAUAUGUAACGUCUCACAUAUAUAAUUUCUUACGGCUGUAUUACACGAGGAGCAGAGUCUCAUGCAGUACUGAUCUUGUGUCGUUACUACACUUUGAUAUUAAAUUUGAAAUCAAUUUGUGUAUAAGGACGCAGUGUCUGGUAAGAGGAGCAACCAUUUCAUAAGAACAAUAAGUACCGUUUUAAAAACUGACUCUGAAAUUAUCAGAAUGGUCGUCACCUGCGUAAUGUUGUUCUUCUUGUUGGUGUUGAGCAAUUCUGUCUCAGCCUGGAUCACAUGGUACGCCUCAACACAGCACGACUUCAGCAUUACACCUGGAGCCGGUGACAGCAAUGAGGUCAGCCAUCAAACUGACAGCACAACGAAUAUUCCUGCUGAGUUGGACAUCCUGAGACUGUUGAACGUGACUGGGGCAACCCCUGGUGUGAGUGAAGUGCUAGGCCCCUCGGCGCACCUCCCUGCCUACAAGUUCCGACCCGGCUACAAUGACGUGCUCGUACCGGGCCCAGGGGCCAUCGCUGCGGCCCUUACAGCUCCCGCGGGAUUCACACUGCUCUUUGUAUACAGGCAGCACCGCAAGUCUCUAGGAACCCUACUGUCAAUACACUCACCCGGCCGGGUCACGCCUUGGUUCCAGGCGACUUCAAACCUCCGGACGGGUCAGUUAGUGCUGCACUACAGGAUCACGUCAGACUCAAAGCUGCAUCAAAAUUCUUGGGCCCUACAGCAGCAGCAGCCUGUUCCGGCACAGAGGACGGCGCGAGGCAGUUGCAUUCCCGCGUCAGAGACGAAGAGAGGAAAUGGUUGGACGUAUCUGGCUCUGGUAUUCAAUGCCAGUUCGAGCACAUUGACCCUUUACCUGGAUUGUCAGAUGCCAAAACCACAGCCUAUUGCAGGAAACACAGGAGCAGGGAUCCCAGAAUUCCACAUACCACAGGAUUCGUUGGUUUAUUUCAGACAAGAACCAGGAUUUAAGAAGAAAUUUCUGGGAUCAAUGCAGGUGGCACAAAUAAUGUCGCGCCCCAUCUCCAGAAAUGAUGUCGGCUGGUCCUGCAACCCACUUCCUUAGCAGAAGAAACGCUGGUUCCUGGAGGCUAGGCAUCUCUGGUUACGUGACAUCGCAGCUGUAGUCAACGUUAUGAAGAUGGAUGGUGCCUGAUUUUAAGCUGUGAGCUCUCUUUCUUUUGCUUUCGGAUAUAUAUGGAAGUACAGAAACCCUCAUUUCUAGUUAGUAGUUCUAUCUAGGUAAUUUGCCAAUUUUAAAUUAUUGUAUUCAUUUGAAAAAAUUAAACAGAGUUAAAAAAGAGUCAAGCUAUAAAUAGAAGGUAGCAAAGCAUUGCAUUGCACAGACAAACCUGCAGUUUUAUUUCAGUCUUUAAAGCUACAAUUUCUGUUCAAUCUUUGUAAUCUUCUUUAUUAACAGGAACUUAGUUUAAAUAAAGAAAUAAAUACAGUGCUGUAAUUUA